UUGCAGUGAUCGAGAUCGAGGUGCUCUUGAUCGUUUUCGCUUGCGACUGUCUUUUGAAUGUGUGUCGGAGAGGACUCCAACCAGCCAUUGAGCUUGUUUGUCAUAAAGAAAAAUGGCGGUGGCCCUGUCACCCGAUCAGGAGGUGGCGACGAAAGCAUUCCUUGAUGCUCUGAGCGAGUCUGGCGCGGCGUGCGUGUCGCGCGCGACCGCCAUCAAGUUUCUACUUGCACGCAAGUUCGAUGUUGCGCGCGCACAUGAGCUGUGGAGGCAGCAUGGCGCCACGAGGCGGCGCGAGGGGCUCAACAAGUUCGAGCCGUUUGAAGAUCCGCUCAAGAGUGAAUUGGAGACGGGGAAGUUUACUAUACUGCCAACCCGCGACGCGACGGGCGCAGCCAUCGCAGUGUUCACGGCCAACAAGCACUUCCCCGCGCAGACCACGCACCAGAUUACUUUACAGGGCGUGGUGUACCAGCUGGACGUGGCGCUGCAGAGCGCGGAGACGCAGCGCGCGGGGCUGGUGUUCAUCUACGACAUGACCGACUCCAAGUACACCAACUUCGACUACGACCUGUCGCAGAAGAUCCUCACCAUGCUUAAGGGUGGCUACCCAGCGAAGUUAAAGAAGGUGUUGAUAGUGACGGCGCCGCUCUGGUUUAAGGCGCCCUUUCGCAUCCUGCGGCUGUUUGUGCGCGAGAAGCUGCGCGAGCGCGUGCACACGGUCAGCGCGCCGCAGCUCGGCGCGCACGUGCCGCGCGUCAGCCUGCCCCGCCAGCUGGGCGGGCUGCUGGAGCCCGACCAUACCGCCUGGUUGGAGCACUGUAAAAACUGCUACCUAAACAAUCUGCAGAACGCAAAACUAGAAGGCGUUAUAGACGAAUAUGUAAUCAGCAACCACAUACCGCCCGUCAAGCCGCAAAAUGGUAUAAUCGAGCACGAGCCGCGUGACAUGACCAGCGACCACGCGACAAGGAUUGACGACGACUCCGCCAUGCAUAUUAGCGACCGCGACACCCCGCCCUACACCUGCGACCCUAACCCCCUCAGGCACACACACGGCUACAAUGGCGACAUGAAGAGCAGGCAUAUAAACUCCGGUGAUGAGGACGAUUUAGAUAUAAGCACGCGGGGCGCUUGGUCGUCGGGUGAGGCGUCUCCGGGGCUCUCCGACGAGGAGUGCGGCGGCGGCGGCGCGGGCGAGUCGCCGGCGGCGCUGCUGGCGCGGGUGCGCGCGCUCGGCCGGCGGGGCCUGCACGCCGAGUACGAGGAGAUCCGCGCGAGGGCUCCGCCUGGCACCUUCCACCACGCCAAAUUGCCGAGUAACCUAGCCAAGAACCGCUACACGGACGUGCUGUGCUUCGACCACUCGCGCGUGCUGCUCUCCCAGACGGACCCCGACGACCCCACCACAGAUUAUAUCAAUGCCAACUACGUCGACGGGUACAAGCAGAAGAAUGCCUUCAUAUGUACGCAAGGACCCCUCCCUAAAACGUUCGGCGACUUCUGGCGCAUGGUGUGGGAGCAAGGCACGCUCGUGAUCGUGAUGACGACGCGUGCCGUGGAGCGCGGCCGCGUCAAGUGCGGGCAGUACUUCCCUGUCGCCGUGGACACACGGGCAGUACACGGAGGCUUCGCAGUUACUGCGGAGGCCAUCGAGCAGGAGGAUGAUUAUACUGUGACGCAUCUAGUGCUCACUGAUCUGAGGACGGAGCAGUCGCGGCGGGUGUGGCACGGGCAGUACACGCGGUGGCCGGACUACGGCGUGCCGGGCGGGGCCGGCGGGGGCGGGGGAGGGGGCACGGGCGGGGGCCGAGCGGCUCCUGUACUACGCUUCUUGCAGCUAGUUCGUCGUGCUCAAGCUCGAGCGCUUGCUGAACUUGGAGACGCGUGGGCGGGACACAGUAGAGGGCCACCCAUAGUGGUGCAUUGUUCUGCCGGAAUCGGACGCACAGGCACGUUCCUAACACUGGAUAUUUGCGCAUUGCGGCUGGCGACGGAGCGCUCCGUGGACGUGCGCGGCACCGUGGAGCGCGUGCGCGCGCAGCGGGCGCACUCCAUACAGAUGCCCGACCAGUACGUGUUCUGCCAUCUCGCCGUGCUGGACUACGCGGUGCAAAAUGGCUACUUAGAAUCAGCUGACCUGUCCGGUUUCGACGACAACGAGGACGAGUCGGAAUGAAGACUGUCGCAGUCGCACCAUCCCUGCGCCGUGCUGUGAGCGCCGCGCGCACUCGACGCAGACUCGAGUCGCGCAAUCCCAGUUUCGAGUCGCUCAGUCGUGGAUCCGAGUCGC